GGGAGAGAGAGAGAGAGAGAGAGAGAGAGCAACGAGGAGGAGAUCUUGGAGGGGGUUCAAGCCCUAGUUUGAGCUGGGGAUGGAUGAUAAAGGAGAUAUAGAGACCAGCGAUGUAGGAGGAGUGCUGGAGAGGAAUGGGUCCUCCUUCUAUGAAGAUAAGGAGCUUGUUGGGGCGCGAGAGCCCUUGCUGAGGAAGGCCACCACGAAUAACACCUCCCAGAUCGCCAUUGUCGGUGCCAAUCUCUGCCCUAUUGAGAGCUUGGACUAUGAGAUUGUGGAGAAUGAUCUUUUCAAGCAAGACUGGAGAUCAAGGAAGAAAACACAGAUAUUUCAGUAUAUAACCCUUAAGUGGACUCUUGCCCUACUUAUUGGCCUUGCUACUGGGCUUGUUGGCUUCUUCAACAACCUGGCUGUCGAGAACAUUGCUGGUUUCAAAUUGUUGCUGACAAGCAACUUUAUGCUUGAGCAAAGAUUUUUUGAGGCUUUUGUUGUAUUUGCUGGUUGCAAUCUUAUUUUAGCAGCUGGAGCAGCACUUCUCUGUGCUUAUGUUGCACCUGCAGCGGCUGGAUCUGGCAUACCCGAAGUAAAAGCAUAUCUUAAUGGUGUGGAUGCUCCUUCUAUUUUGGCUCCGAGUACACUCUUUGUGAAGAUAUUUGGCUCCAUUGGUGGAGUAUCUGCUGGCUUUGUACUAGGUAAGGAGGGUCCAAUGGUGCACACUGGAUCGUGCAUCGCCUUCUUACUUGGUCAAGGAGGCUCUCGCAAGUACCGCCUAACGUGCACAUGGCUCAGAUACUUCAAAAAUGACAGGGAUCGACGAGACCUGAUCACAUGUGGGGCUGCUGCUGGUGUUGCAGCUGCUUUCCGGGCUCCAGUUGGUGGGGUACUCUUUGCUUUGGAAGAAGUAGCUUCUUGGUAUUCUGCGCUUCUUUGGAGAACAUUUUUCACAACAGCAGUGGUUGCUGUGGUAUUGAGAGCUUUAAUAGGAUUCUGCCGUGGUGGAAAAUGUGGGCUUUUUGGAGAAGGAGGACUCAUUAUGUUUGAUUUAAGUUCUUCUGUUGCAACGUAUAGUGCCCCUGAUCUGAUAGCUGUUAUAGUUCUUGGAGUCCUUGGUGGUUUGCUUGGAUCCCUUUACAACUUUUUCUUGGACAAAAUUCUCCGCUCAUAUAGUGUGAUCAAUGAGAAGGGUGCACCAUUCAAGAUCAUCCUUACCAUCACCAUUUCUCUGCUUACUUCAUGCUGUGCUUAUGGACUACCUUGGCUAGCCAAGUGCACCCCAUGCCCAGCAAAUAUCCAAGAGGAGUGCCCAACUAUUGGCCGUUCUGGCAAUUUCAAGAAUUUCCAGUGUUCUCCUGGUCACUAUAAUGAUCUUGCAUCCCUCUUCCUCAACACGAAUGAUGAUGCUAUUCGCAACUUGUUCAGCAAAGGCACUUAUGAUGAGUUUUAUAUUUCCACUCUCUUCGUCUUCUUUGGUGCUGUAUAUUUCCUUGGGCUCGUGACAUAUGGAAUAGCUGUUCCUUCUGGCCUGUUUAUCCCUGUUAUACUUGCUGGUGCUACAUAUGGACGCAUAGUGGGAACUCUUCUGGGCCCUAUCUCUGACCUUGAUACUGGCCUCUUUGCCCUUCUUGGGGCAGCAUCUUUUCUGGGUGGGACUAUGAGGAUGACAGUGUCAGUUUGUGUCAUUCUGCUUGAGCUGACAAAUGAUCUUCUAAUGCUUCCUUUGGUUAUGCUUGUCUUACUUAUAUCAAAAACAGUGGCUGAUAGCUUCAAUAAAGGGGUGUAUGAUCAAAUUGUUAAGAUGAAGGGCUUGCCAUUCAUGGAAGCCCAUGCAGAACCUUACAUGAGAAAUUUGGUUGCUGGGGAUGUGGUCUCAGGACCACUAAUUACUUUUUCCGGAGUGGAGAAAGUUGGGAAUAUAGUACAUGCAUUAAGGCUAACAGGCCACAAUGCAUUUCCAGUGGUGAAUGAACCACCUUUCUCAGAUGCACCAGAGUUGUGUGGGCUUGUCUUGCGCUCUCACUUACUUGUAUUGCUAAAAGCGAAGAGGUUUACAAGAGAAAGGGUGGCUACUGGAGUGAUAGAGGUUUUGCGGAGGUUUGAUGCCUUUGAUUUUGCCAAAGCCGGGUCAGGGAAAGGUGUCAAAUUGGAAAAUCUGGACAUUCAAGAGGAAGAAAUGGAUAUGUAUGUGGACCUCCAUCCAAUUACCAAUACUUCACCAUACACCGUGGUUGAGACAAUGUCACUGGCAAAAGCAGCAGUUCUUUUCAGGGAACUUGGACUCAGGCAUUUGUGUGUUGUGCCAAAGACUCCAGGGAGACCUCCCGUUGCCGGGAUUCUAACUCGACAUGACUUCAUGCCGGAACACAUUCUGGGAUUGUUCCCUCGUGUCAAAUCCAAUGACUAAGGUUUUGUAUCAUCCCAUGUGAAGCUUGAUUCCCCCAUAUAUUUUUCAUCAUCAUCAUCAUCAUCAUCACCGUUAUCUGGUACUUCUUUAAGCAACAAUUCUUUGAUCAACAAAGGCACAUAGUUCCAUCCCCCAACUCUAAUUGUUUAAUGUAUCAUAUUAUCCAUGUUUGUAUAAGUAAGAUUGGUGGUCUCUCCAAUUGUUUGAUCUCUAUGCCCCCUUGAUUCAAAUUUUGGAUACCCCUCUCUUGUAUGUGCCAAAUAAUCCAUGAUACCUUGCAAAUAAACAGGUCUUCUGUCUUCUUCUGCUGCAGACAUUGACAAUACUGGGCACAUUAUAUUGUGCAUUGUUCUGAGAGCAUCCUCAAAUGUUACUCAGGUUUGUUCUAAUUUGCUGUAAAUUAAGUUUAUUAAACCUUGACAAACAUUGUCACUGGAU